UACUCGAUCCAUCGAAACAGUCUAUAAAAAGGCUUCCAUCUUCUUCCACACCUUAACAAUAUAGACCUAGUACUACUUGAUCAAGGGAAUAGAACGACAAUGCAGAGCUUCAAGAUAGUUGUUGACGCCAAGAUCCCGCAGGUCGCCAUGAAUCCUGAUGUUUCUGUUAGGAAGAAAACCAACAACAAGGAUGAUAAAUACAAAGUGAAAGCCAAGGCUAAGGGAAUUUUGGAGGGCUAUGUCUCUAAGAUGAAAAAUGCUUUCAAGGAUGACACGAUUCGUUCCAAGCUUAAGCCUGCAUUUAAGAAGGAGAUUGAAGAAGCCAUUGGCCAUUUGAAUGGGUGGUUAAAGUACGUUCAAAAUCCGCAAGCAGACGACAACGAGAUAAAAAAAAAUAUGAAAUUGAACAAAAAAUACUACGAAGACAUCAUUGCAAAGAUCAAAAAACUUAAAUAAUUGAGCAGCUCCACUUGAUCAAGUUAGAGAUGACUACCAUAUAUGUAGUCGAUCUGCUGAAUGGAACUCAUACUAAAGUUGAAAUGAUAUUAAUAUGUUGCCACUUUGUUUGUCGGACCUUUUAAUUGUACUAGUUUUAAUAUUGUUGGUGUGUUUAAAUUUGCACGCAGUAGUACUAUUCGAUCGUUACAUGUUAUAACAUUUGACAUUUUUGGGGUGAAA